AUGCUCAUGAACAAUGAUUCCUUCAACUCUAGUUCAUAUUCCUCUCAGCACCAGCAGUCCACCAAGCACUACUUUCAAAGCAUCAAGGCAAGCGGAGAAGUUGCCAAGUCAUCCGACGAUGGAUCUCAUCCCACCCAUUCAAGUUCCACUGGCCUUAGAAUGGCACAUGGAGCCAUUUGCCCCGAGACCAUUGCCAUUUUCGAAAAGAACUCCAACCCAGCCAUUCGUCGCUUUGUGGAUACUUACCACAAGCGUGGUCCACUCGCCUGCGAAGACUUGCUAUCCGAUCCCGAAGUCCUUCCUCAUCUCACCAAGGCCAUGAGAGAUAUUCAUGCUUAA